CUUAUCGUCUGUUUCUCCUUAUGGCAAAGGAAAAUGGACUGCCAGAACUCGAGGAAGGAGAAGUAGGCGAGGAGGAGCGGAAGGACGAUGAAGAGACGGUCACGGAAACUGCCGAAGCCAAACCCAAGAAGCAUCGCAGUCACAAAAAGAAGAAGGACAAAAAAUCUCGAAAGGAGAAGAAGGCAAAGAAAGAGAAAAAACAUAAGAAGAAGCACCGGAAACACAAACGGAAUAAAGAUGCCGGUGAUUUGUCCGAUACUGAGCAACCGCCUGCAAAGAAGCACAAAGUAGAAGAGAAACUGACGGAAGGUGAAUUGUCUGAUGCUGAGCAACUGUCUGCGAAAAAGGAUAGAAUUGAGGAACCUCCAAACAAUAAGCUUCCGUUACCCAAAGAGGAGUUUAAGCGUCCGGACGAACCUCGGCCGCGUAUGCAAACACCAGCUCACCUUGUACCUCUAAAGGCUGAGGCUCCGUUUAACAAUAGUAGUGCUCAGGAAGCCAAUAAAUCUUUAAAUGGAGGCACAAAGAAAGUUCCAAUAUCUCUAGAAGAAUUGCUCGAGAAGAAGAAAGCUGAAGAGGCCGAGCUCGUAAAACCGAAGUUCAUUUCAAAGGAGGAACGUGAAAUGGAGGCUUUGAAACGUCGACAGGCUGAAGUUCAAGCGCUACGCGAUAAACAGCGCGAGGAUAUGAAGAAACAGUCAGAGUAUUUGCAAAAAGCUAAAGAACUUGAACGAGAAAAACGAGUAAUGGAGUUUGCUGAACGGGACCAUCGUCGUGUGCGCGGUCGUGAAUACCAGUCAGGGAAAUCAAGCUCCGACACUCGAACGUCUCGUGUCGAAAAGAAAGACGAGAUCCAAGAGUCUUUGGCAAUUAAAGAACGCUAUUUGGGACAGAAGCGGAUGACCAAACGUCGCCAGCGUCGCCUUAACGAGCGAAAGUUUGUAUUCGAUUGGGAUGUCAGUGAAGACACAAGUCAAGACUACAAUCCCCUUUACAACAAUAAGCAUCAGAUACAGUUCUUUGGUCGUGGUCAUAUUGGCGGUAUUGAUAUAAAGCAACAGAAAAAAGAAACUGGACGGUUUUAUACAAAAUUACUAGAAUCAAGGCGUUCUGGUAUUCAGCGAGACCAGGAAAAAAAGCGACUUGACGAUGUGGCCAAACGUGAGGCAAGACAGAAAUACGAUGAUCGGCAUUGGACGGAGAAAUCCCUUUCGCAAAUGGUGGAACGAGAUUGGAGAAUCUUCCGUGAGGACUAUGGGAUUAGCACCAAGGGUGGUAACAUACCAAAUCCGUUACGAUCUUGGGCUGAAAUGGAUGCAAGCCCUGAGCUGAAGGAGGUUAUCAAAAAGGUUGGCUAUGCAGACCCCACACCUAUUCAACGACAAGCAAUCCCGAUUGGUCUUCAGAAUCGGGAUAUCAUUGGAGUUGCCGAAACCGGGUCUGGCAAAACCGCUGCCUUCCUUAUCCCUCUGCUCAACUGGAUACAAAGUCUACCGAAAUUGGAACGUAUGGAGGAUACGGAACAAGGUCCAUAUGCUAUUAUCAUGGCCCCCACUCGUGAACUGGCCCAACAAAUCGAGGAGGAAACGGUUAAGUUUGGUCGUGCUCUGGGCAUCAAAACUGUCUCCUUGAUUGGAGGUCUGUCUCGAGAAGAACAAGCAUUGAAGUUGAGAAUGGGUGCUGAAAUUGUUAUUGGGACGCCUGGACGCCUGAACGAUGUGUUGGAGAAUCGGUAUAUCGUUCUGAACCAGUGUACCUACGUUGUCUUGGAUGAGGCGGACAAAAUGAUUGACAUGGGAUUCGAGCCUGAAGUGAACAACAUUUUGAGCUACCUGCCGGUUACAAACGAGAAGCCGGACACGGAAGACGCCGAGGAUGAUUCGAAGCUUCUUUCGAAUUUUGCUACUAAGCACAAGUACAGGCAAACUGUCAUGUUCACAGCCACCAUGCCUCCGGCUGUCGAACGUUUGGCACGGUCGUACUUACGUCGGCCGGCGGUUGUUUACAUUGGAAGUGCUGGCAAACCCACCGAACGGGUGGAACAGAUCGUUUACCUUGUUUCAGAACAAGAGAAACGUAAGAAGCUCCUGGAAAUUCUCAACCGCGGAAUCGACCCACCUGUCAUCAUUUUUGUCAACCAGAAGAAAGGCGCCGAUAUGCUGGCUAAGGGUUUGGAAAAGCUCGGCCAUAGUGCGGUUGUACUACACGGUGGCAAGGGACAGGAACAACGGGAGUAUGCCUUAGCCAGUUUGAAAUCCGGACAAAAGGAAAUUCUGGUCGCCACUGACGUUGCUGGUCGUGGUAUAGAUAUCAAGGAUGUGUCGUUGGUUAUCAAUUACGAUAUGUCCAAGACGAUUGACGACUAUGUCCAUCGUAUCGGCCGCACUGGAAGAGCUGGAAAGUCGGGUACCGCUGUCACACUGUUGACGAAAGAAGACGCUCCAGUGUACUAUGACCUUAAGCAGUUGCUACUCCAGUCCCCAGUUUCGACCUGUCCUCACGAACUGGCCAACCAUCCGGAUGCGCAAACCAAACCGGGUAUUCUGGCUGCGAAGAAACGCCGAGCGGAUGAGACCGUUCUCAAGCUGAGUGCAACGCCAGUUCCAACGAUCGUAUAUACACAAACCUCCCCGUUCAGACUGCACUUAGAAAUGACUUCGUCUCAGUACGUCGAUCCGGUUGUGAUCACCACAUGGCCGUUCACAAAACCAACCGACGCUGCAUGGGAGAUUUUGACAAGUGAAAGUGUUUUUCAGGGGAAUCCUGUUUUUGGUAUGGCCCUGGAUGCCGUCGUCGAAGGAUGUACCGUCGCGGAAGACGAUCGUAGCAUCAAAACUGUCGGUUAUGGUGGUUCUCCAGAUGAAGAGGGCCAUACAACUUUGGAUGCGAUGGUGAUGGAUGGGAGAACCAUGGAGGUUGGAGCUGUUGCUGGCUUGCCACAUAUCCGAAGGGCAACGCAAGUGGCGCGCGAGGUCCUCCAUUCCACCUACCACACUCUGUUGGUUGGCGAGAAAGCAGCGGAAUUCGCAAAGUCCAGGGGAUUUUCUGCCGAGCCUAUGGAGACACCAGAUUCGCAAGAAUUGUGGCAAAGGUGGCGUGCUAACAACUGCCAGCCAAACUAUCGUAAGCCAGGUGCAUGGGAUCCUGAUCCAACAACAUCAGGCGGACCGUAUAAACCAGUGUUUAAAAGUUAUCACCAAACACAACCUAGAGAAGGCAACCUGAUUGAUGAAGAUCACCAUGACACAAUCGGCAUGAUCGCCCUUGAUCGCUAUGGUUCAAUGGCUGUUGGUGUUUCCACCAGUGGUGCUGUUCAUAAGAUCCCCGGUCGAGUUGGUGAUUCACCGAUCCCUGGGGCUGGUGGAUAUGUGGAUAACGAUGUUGGCGGAGCUGUUGGCACAGGCGAUGGUGAUGUCAUGAUGAGAUUCCUGCUAACAUUUCAAGUCGUGCAACAUAUGCGUCAAGGGCUCAACCCAACAGAGGCUUGUGUGAAAAGCCUACAAAGUGUGAAGCAUCUACGAGCACUAGCUGUGACGUCGAAAGGACCACUGGAGAUUUGUGGUUUGAAAGGAAUGCUCGGUCGGCUCGUUACUGUUUGGAAUCUCCUAUCACUUUUCAAUGUCGAUGCAAUUACGGCAAAGGGCAAGCCGCCCGUUAUAGUUGUGGCCACAUGGCCAUUCACAAACGCGACGGACACGGCAUGGAGAGUACUUCAAGGUUCAGCCAUUCUUGGGUCUAAACAUGUGUGGGGGACUGCAAUCGCUGCGGUAGUAGCUGGGUGCACAUCAGCAGAAGAAGAUCCUGACAUACACAGUGUCGGCUAUGGAAAUUCUCCGGAUGAAGAAGGGCACACCACACUUGAUGCUAUGGUCAUGGACGGAAAGACAAUGCAGCUACGAGCACUAGCUGUGACGUCGAAAGGACCACUGGAGAUUUGUGGUUUGAAAGGAAUGCUCGGUCGGCUCGUUACUGUUUGGAAUCUCCUAUCACUUUUCAAUGUCGAUGCAAUUACGGCAAAGGGCAAGCCGCCCGUUAUAGUUGUGGCCACAUGGCCAUUCACAAACGCGACGGACACGGCAUGGAGCGUACUUCAAGGUUCAGCCAUUAUUGGGUCUAAACAUGUGUGGGGGACUGCAAUCGCUGCGGUAGUAGCUGGGUGCACAUCAGCAGAAGAAGAUCCUGACAUACACAGUGUCGGCUAUGGAAAUUCUCCGGAUGAAGAAGGGCACACCACACUUGAUGCUAUGGUCAUGGACGGAAAGACGAUGCAGGCAGGUGCCGUAGCAGCCAUGCCUGACAUUCGGGAAGCGGCACAAGUGGCUUUCGAAGUGAUGAGAACAACGAAGCAGACUUUACUUGUUGGUACAAAGGCUGCAGACUUUGCCGUAUCCCGUGGUUACACACGUCGUUCUUCGGACACGCCUGAGUCACAGGCUAUGUGGAAAGAAUGGCUUAAUAAUCGCUGCCAACCGAACUAUCGUAAUCCCUCAUCAUGGACACCAGAUCCCAGCAAAAACUGUGGUCCAUAUGGACCCAGAUAUGGAAUGAGUAGCCCGUUUCCGCAGGCUGCUCUACGUCCAACUGGCGGUGUUGACUCCGAAAAGCACGAUACCAUAGGCAUGAUCGCAAUCGAUCAUCAUGGAUCAAUGGCUGUUGGGCUUUCUACGAGUGGACUGAUUCACAAAUUACCUGGAAGGGUUGGAGAUACACCAAUUCCAGGCGCUGGUGGAUAUGUGGAUAAUGAAGUUGGCGGUGCAGUUGGGACGGGAGAUGGUGACGUAAUGAUGCGAUUUCUUCUGAGUUACCAAACUGUCCAGUUAAUGCGUCAGGGUAUGGGUCCGACAGAAGCCUGCGAAAAAAGCCUACAUAUGGUCAAGCAGGUUGGUCAGUGGAGUGGUGCUUUGGUCGCACUCACGCGCGACGGAAAGUUCGGAUCUGCUUGUCGAGGCUUCGGAACAUUUCACAUGAGCGUACGGACGAACGCACUUGGCAAUGAAUCGAAAGUUAUCAGUGUACCUUGUCCAUCGAGUUGAAUUGUAGCCGAAUUACACUGCACUCGUCAAUUUGAAGAUUGCAGCCAUUUUAGCCAAUCCCACCGGACAAUAGAUUUUUAC